AUGAACGUGAGGAUUGUUGAGGAAGAUGAGCAGCAAGGGCUAUAUUUUUUGGAGCAGGCCGAUGGCCAACAGGAGGCGGAAGUUCACCCUGCUGUCUUCGAACGGAAGAGGUCGCCGUCUCCGGUUUCGGGACAGCACACACCGAAGGGCACGUUACACCAGAUCAUUGGCGCUCAGGCUGAGCAUCUUGCUACCUCCAGCGAGAGAAUUCAUGAUUGGCAACAACCAAGGGAGGAGAGGCAGCGGACUUAUAGCAGCGAUGUGAACACCUUUAAUUCCCCAUUGGAUAUGCAGCAGCCGAGCAUGGAGAUGCAGCAGCAGCAGGUGAAGUUUUCUGAUCAGCUGCAGCAGGUGACGCCCGAUCAGCAGCAGCAGCAGGUGAAGUCUCCAGAUCAGCAGCAGCAGAUGAAGUUUCCUGAUCAGCAGCAGCAGGUUAUGUCUCAGCAGCAACAGCAGGUGAAUGCCGAUCAGCAGCAGCAGAGGACGCCCGAUCAGCAGCCUCAGCAUCAGUCCGAUGCUAAGAUCGCAGUCGAUGAUCAGAACGCAGUGGCUAAACAACAGGAUCAGGGGACGACUUUGAAUAGUCGGCGAACGACGAGUUUGGCUUUUGAAAAUCAAAUAAGAGUUCAGAGAGUUGCCUCUUCGGCUUUGCAAAAUUCUUUGGAGCAACCUAAGAGGCCGAGAGGAAGACCUCCCAAGUCGGAGCAAAUUCGUAAGCCUUUUGUGGAAAAUAGUAUUAAAGGACGCUUAAGGAAGCCUCCGGAGGUGCCAAAUGCCAGAUCUGAACAGAUUAUUCAAAAUAAGCUCAAAGCUUCCUUUGAUGCAGGCAAUAAUCCUAGAGAUUAUGUGGUGGAUAUAAGCGGAUCUUCCAGUGCUAGAUCUAUGAGCAACAUCGCGUCGCAAAGUUGGGCGGAUGAAGUGGAAGCGGGGAAUAACCCCGCCUUCUUUUCUUAA